CUCGAUUCAAACGUUUCUUUUACAAGUAAGGAAAACUUUUACAUAUAAAGAUGAUUGGCAGACGUCCUCAAGGUUUGCGCGCUGCAGCAUCUUUAAAAAAGCAGCAAUUAGAAAAACAACGUCAAGAGGCCGCUGCUAAUGGAUCUGCCUCUUCAGAACAAGGAAAUGGAGAUGUAAACAAAGUUGAAGGGGACGAAGACGAAACUAUGUUGGUAUAUACUGAAGAUGACAACAUUGAUCAACUUUGGGGAUUGUAUGAGAUGAGCCGUGAAAAAUUAGAAAGUGGUGAUAUCGAAGGUAGCAUUAGCCUUGUUUUUGGUACGAUUCAUGAGGCCGACCGCAUACUCCGUAACACAGAAGAUUAUUCCGGUCUUCCUAAAGAUUUUCAUGCAGCCUACUCUAUGGCUCUUUUGGCUAUUUCCGAAUUGUAUGAGCCUGCCAAAGGACGUCUUAAGGAAACUAAUGACGAGGAGUCAUUUAUUGAUGCUGCCAUCGAAAGAGCACAACUUGGUUUAGAAGCUCCAGGUGAUCACUGUCGACUUUAUCUCGCUUUUGGACGUGCUUAUUUGGAAAAAGUACGUAUCAGUUUGUGGAAGCAGGAUGAUCAACAGAAGCCUUCGGAUCCCUCCGUUAUAAUUCAAAUUGUCAAUCCAUACAUAGAACUUGCACUCAAUUAUCUUCGCCCUUUAGUUUCUGUUGAUCCAUUCGAUGACUUGACACCUGACUCUUUGCGUCCCCUUUAUGUUUUGUCAUCAUACAUGUUCCAAUUUGGAUUCCAAUAUUCUGAAAGCUUACUUUUGGAUGUACACUCCCUUAUUAUAAAUCUUUGGGAAAAAUGCAGUUCUUACCCUGACUGCCCUAUUCCUGUUCGCCUUGCUACUAAAGAAGCGGUUUUGGCUAGCCAUACUAGUUUUGCCGAGUAUUAUAUAGACUUGAUGGAAACCGACGAGCAAAACGCCGAUAAGUGGUCUUCAAAGGCCUCCGAAUGGCUUUCUCGGUCGGCUGAUGCUUGGAGUGAGAUUUACUCUUUGGAUAACUCUGCUGAACGACUAUUAAAGUUGGCGGAUAUUAAAAUGGAUUUAGCACAAAUAACCGAUCAGGAAGAAUCACAAGAUAAUUAUUUGAAGGCUGCCUUUACCGCUUUGCAGGAUGCACAGAAGGCUGGUGUGGAACUCAAUCCCGACUAUUUAGAAUUUGUUGAAGCUUAUUCUUCAGCCUAAAAAGUAUUUAGGUUGGUCAACCUUUCGUUGUUCUUACAUUUUUUUGUUUUUUUUUUGUCACAUUUUGAUUCACAAUUUGCUGGUUUUAGAUAUUUGUCAUGUUCGUGUACAUCAUGGUAAGCCUGAGUGGUAAUCGGAUUCCUUCAUGUUUUAAAUGCGUUUAACAUAUUGACGACUUUUCGUCGUUUUAUAUUCUUUGGCUUUCAUUACUAUUGGCUUAUCUGGUUUGUACAGUUCAUUUAUUACUUAUAGAAAAAAAAGUAACUAAACGAAUGUAAUCUUAGAGUAGGAUUACUAUAUAAAAGUUCUAUUCACGCUCUCUUGCAAACUUCAUGUUUAUACACCUAAAAUAACGCA